AGCUUCGUUAUAAUCCCAUGCGAAAGUAUAGACGAAAAAUUCAAAUUUUAGAAUUGAAGAUGAUGGUGCGGCACAUGAUAUGUAUAAAACUUCUUAAAGGUUUGACCGAAACUUCAGUUCUAGAUACGAGUUCCAUCAGUCAAGAUGUUCAAAUUGUGUGUUGCUAUUGCGGUUAUUGGAUGCAUGGCCAGUUUGGCCGAAGGUCAAAACUACUUCGGACAACAAGGAGCUCGCCUGCCCUUCUACCAACAACAACAAUACCAACAGAUCCGCCAACCAUUCUACCAACAAAACCGAUUCCAGCCAUCAUACUACUCUCAACAAAGACCCAACUACUAUAACCCCAAUGCUUAUAACAGGAAUUUCUUGAGCAACUACUACAACCGUCCUGGAGCCUUUCUCCCACAAAGGGUCAUAACCAACGACGGUCUAGCCAGAACCAUCUACCACAGCAAGAACGCUCGUCCCGAUGGAAGCUACGAGUACAACUAUCAGACUGAGAACGGAAUUAGUGGUGAAGAACGCAAUGUCCCAAAAUCAUUGAGAUCUGGUGAGACUUCCGGAAACGCUGAGGGAUCUUACGGAUACACCUCUCCCGAAGGUCUUAAGGUCGUCGUCAACUACCAAGCCGACGAAGAUGGUUUCCGUCCCGUUUUGUCAUAUGGCGGUAAUGGUGCUGCGCAAUUACUGAACAACCCCGAGCCAAGUUCGGUCGUCCUCAACAGACGUCAGCCAUUGAAUUAAGUCAUCCUUAACCACACCAUCACACAAGUUCUAAAGUUAUAAGUUCACAAGAGACUAAUCAAAAUGUACCUUUUUUUCUACAUAACCAUAAAAUAAAAAAAAUACUAUUAAAAAACUAAA